CGGAGCCUCCCACCGACCCGGGACAAGCGCCCCGCGGCGCGGCCGCCGUCGCCGCUACCGCGUCGGGGCCUCGGGCUGCCGGCGGCUCCGCUGAUGUCCCAGGCGCCUUGGCGGGCGGCCCGCGGGCUGCGGGAGUGCGGGCGCGGCCGCGAGGGCCGGGACCAGGAGUUGACUUCAUCUCUACCUGGUGCAUCUCUGGCAGAACGUGAGGAAAACAACACCCCCAUUGUUCUUUGGCAUGGACGCAGGUUCAUCGGGAGGAGUAGAAGUGGCUGAUCAGACUCCUGUUUUGCUGGGGAGGACGGCCAUGGCAGCUAGCCUCACGGACGCAGGACAUUCAUUUAGUGGGCCGCCUAACCCUUUAGUGAAUAGAGCUAGUAAAUUCCAGAACUCAGCAGUGGAAGACGAUGAUGAUGUUGUGUUUAUCGAGCCUGUACAGCCUCCUCCGCCUUCUGCUCCAGUGGUGGCCGAUCAAAGAGCCGUGACAUUUACGUCAUCGAAAAAUGAAGAGCUACAAGGAAAUGACUCCAAAAUUCUUCCUUCCUCAAAAGAAUUGGCUUCUCAGAAGGGAAGUGUAAGUGAGACAAUUGUCAUCGAUGAUGAAGAGGACAUGGAAACAAAUCAAGGGCAAGAGAAAAAUUCCUCCAAUUUUAUUGAACGGAGACCACCCGAGUCUAAAAACAGAACCAAUGAUGUGGAUUUCUCCACUUCCAGUUUUUCAAGAAGUAAGGUAAAUGCAGGAAUGGGUAAUAGUGGUAUCACCACAGAACCAGACUCUGAAAUUCAGAUUGCUAAUGUUACGACCUUAGAAACAGGUGUCAGCUCUGUGAGUGAUGGCCAAUUAGAAAAUACUGACGGGCGAGAUAUGAACCUAAUGAUCACACACGUAACAUCACUGCAGAAUACCAGCUUGGGAGAUGUCUCUAACGGACUGCAGUCGAGUAACUUUGGUGUUAAUUUGCAAACAUACACCCCGUCUUUAACUUCACAGACCAAGACUGCAGUAGGACCUUUUAAUCCUGGUAGAAUGAAUGUGGCAGGAGACGUAUUUCAGAACGGAGAGUCUGCAGCUCAUCACAAUCCUGAUUCUUGGAUCUCCCAGUCAGCAUCCUUCCCCCGAAAUCAGAAACAGCCAGGGGUGGAUUCUUUAUCACCAGUGGCCUCGCUUCCUAAACAGAUCUUCCAGCCUUCUGCCCAACAGCAACCCACUAAACCAGUUAAAGUCACUUGUGCAAACUGCAAAAAGCCUUUACAGAAGGGACAGACAGCUUAUCAGCGAAAAGGAUCAGCUCACCUCUUCUGUUCUACCACCUGCCUCUCUUCCUUCUCUCACAAGCCUGCUCCAAAGAAACUUUGUGUUAUGUGUAAAAAGGAUAUAACUACAAUGAAAGGAACCAUUGUUGCUCAAGUGGAUUCGAGCGAAUCCUUCCAGGAAUUCUGUAGUACAUCUUGUCUGUCUCUUUAUGAAGACAAACAGAAUCCUACUAAAGGAGCUCUGAAUAAAUCAAGAUGUACAAUUUGUGGUAAACUAACAGAGAUUCGCCAUGAAGUUAGCUUUAAAAAUAUGACUCAUAAGCUGUGCAGUGACCACUGCUUUAAUAGAUACAGAAUGGCCAAUGGUCUAAUAAUGAAUUGCUGUGAGCAGUGUGGGGAGUACCUGCCCAGCAAAGGUGCUGGAAACAAUGUCCUGGUUAUCGAUGGUCAGCAGAAGAGAUUUUGCUGCCAGAGUUGUGUCAGUGAGUACAAGCAGGUAGGUAGCCAUCCAGGCUUUCUGAAGGAGGUUCGCGAUCACAUGCAGGACUCUUUCUUCAUGCAGCCCGAGAAAUAUGGAAAACUGACCACUUGCACUGGCUGCCGAACGCAGUGCAGGUUUUUUGAUAUGACUCAGUGCAUAGGCCCUAAUGGGUAUAUGGAGCCCUACUGUUCAACGGCUUGCAUGAACAAUCACAAGACGAGGUGUGCAAAAUCACAAAGUUUGGGAAUUAUUUGCCAUUUUUGUAAGCGAAACUCUUUACCUCAGUAUCAAGCCACAAUGCCUGAUGGAAAACUGUAUAACUUUUGCAAUUCCAAUUGUGUGGCUAAAUUCCAGGCUCUCAGCAUGCAGUCAUCUCCCAACGGCCAGUUUGUAGCUCCAAGUGAUAUUCAGUUGAAGUGCAACUAUUGCAAAAAUUCCUUUUGUUCAAAGCCAGAAAUCCUGGAAUGGGAGAACAAAGUGCAUCAAUUCUGCAGCAAAACUUGUUCAGAUGACUAUAAGAAGCUGCACUGCAUAGUUACAUAUUGCGAAUACUGUCAAGAGGAGAAGACUCUUCACGAAACAGUGAAUUUCUCUGGAGUUAAGAGACCUUUCUGUAGUGAAGGCUGCAAACUGUUGUACAAACAGGAUUUUGCAAGGCGUUUAGGAUUGAGGUGUGUGACUUGCAACUACUGCUCUCAGUUGUGUAAGAAGGGGGCGACGAAGGAGCUGGACGGCGUGGUGAGGGACUUCUGCAGCGAGGACUGCUGCCGGCGGUUCCAAGACUGGUACUACAAGGCUGCAAGGUGUGACUGCUGUAAAUCUCAAGGCACCCUGAGGGAGAGGGUGCAGUGGCGAGGGGAGAUGAAGCAUUUCUGCGACCAGCACUGCUUGUUGCGUUUCUACUGUCAGCAGAACGAGCCCAACAUGACAACCCAGAAAGGACCUGAAAACUUACAUUAUGAUCAGGGUUGUCAGACGUCCCGAACCAAAAUGACAGGCUCAGCACCACCCCCUUCUCCAACCCCCAACAAGGAGAUGAAGAACAAGGCAGUUCUGUGCAAACCUUUGACCAUGACGAAGGCAACUUACUGCAAACCGCACAUGCAGAGCAAGUCUUGUCAGACAGAUGGUGAGUGGAGGACAGAGUACGUCCCGGUGCCCAUCCCAGUGCCCGUGUACGUGCCGGUGCCCAUGCACAUGUACAGCCAGAGCAUCCCCGUGCCCAUGACCGUUCCUGUGCCCGUGCCGGUCCCCGUGUUUCUGCCCGCCCCCUCGGCCAGCAGUGAGAAGGUCCCCGCGGCAGCCCAGGAGCUCAAAAGCACCGUCUCUGCAGAUGCCCUGGGCGCAGAGCUGCCGACAGUGGCCGACGUGGCUGAGGACGAGGGCAAGGCAGAGGGCGCCGACAUCCACAGUGUAAUUAUUGAAACGGACAUAAUUGGUUCAGAUCUCUUGAAGAACUCUGACCCAGAGACACAGUCCAACAUGCCUGAUGUACCAUAUGAACCACAUUUGGACAUUGAAAUAGAUUUCCCCAGAGCUGCUGAGGAGCUUGAUAUGGAAAAUGAGUUUUUAUUACCACCUGUUUUUGGAGAAGAAUAUGAGGAACAGCCUAGACCUCGAUCUAAAAAAAAGGGAGCCAAGAGGAAGGCAGUGUCAGGGUACCAGUGUCAUGACGACAGUUCUGACAACUCGGAAUGCAGCUUCCCUUUCAAGUACACGUACGGGGUAAACGCCUGGAAACACUGGGUCAGAACGAGGCAGCUUGAUGAAGAUCUUCUGGUGUUAGAUGAGCUAAAAUCUCCUAAGUCAGUAAAGUUAAAAGAGGAUCUACUCUGUCACACCACGGCUGAGCUUGACUAUGGCUUGGCCCAUUUUGUCAAAGAGAUCCGAAGGCCAAAUGGGGAGAAUUAUGCACCUGACAGCAUCUAUUAUCUUUGUCUCGGGAUUCAAGAGUACUUGUAUGGUAGUAAUCGAAAAGACAACAUAUUUAUUGAUCCAGGAUUCCAGACAUUUGAGCAAGAAAUGAAUAAAAUACUCCGAAGUUGGCAACCAAGCAUACUUCCAGAUGGGUCGAUAUUUUCUCGAGUUGAAGAAGAUUAUCUCUGGAGGAUAAAACAGCUAGGAUCACACUCUCCAGUAGCUCUUCUGAAUACCCUGUUCUACUUUAACACUAAGUAUUUUGGCCUGAAAACAGUGGAACAGCACUUAAGGCUUUCCUUUGGCACUGUGUUUAGGCAUUGGAAAAAAAACCCUUUAACAAUGGAAAACAAAGCAUGUCUUCGAUACCAAGUGUCUUCCUUAUGUGGAACAGAUAACGAAGAUAAAAUUACUACUGGAAAAAGAAAACAUGAAGAUGAUGAGCCAGUAUUUGAACAAAUUGAAAAUACAGCCAAUCCUUCUAGAUGUCCUGUGAAAAUGUUUGAAUGCUACUUGUCUAAAAGGGUGGCUGUGGGGAUGAGAUGAAUAGUUGCUGGAGUGCUUUCUGUGGGAAAGCCCACGAGGUAUUGUUGAGACGGUCUCCAAGUAAAGCUCGGUAAGUGGUUCAGCUGUGAGCCCAAUUCAGGUCUUCCCCGGGCCUGAGUCUCCUUCACCCCUCUGCUGUCCACGUGCUGUUCUGGUCUACGCCGGCUAUCCAGGAACUGCUUCCACUGAUAGAAGGAAUGUUUCGUAAGCAUCUACCAAGACUGGAGUGAAGGCUGAGCUGCAGCACAAUUCUGGAAGGUAGGCAGAUGGACUUGGGGGCCACGAACAGCCGCCCCCGGAGCAGGUGCCCUGCCUGCGCCUCAUCCGCUGCUCUGUCCACCCACUGUUUCUCCUCGAUUAUUUUCAGACCUUUUCCUCUCUCCUCAGUCUAACACUUUCCCCCAUACUGAAGCUCAGGGGUCAGCAAACUCAUGUAAAGGACCAGAGAGUCAAUAUUUUAGGCAACAUGAAGCAUGGUAUGUGGGCACUUGCAAGAGAAAGCAAAUUUCCACCGAUUUUUUACUGACCAAAUUCGAAAUAUAAUAAUUGAGUACAACAUUUCCUAAUACACAGCUACAAUGAGGAGGACGGAAGGUUUCACUGUCAUCAAAAUUGAUGGCAAAUGUUCCCCUCUUAGCUUUUAUGUAUUUCACCUUUGAAAAUGCGUUUUCAAACGUAAGUGCGGCCACAUUUCUCUCAGUCUGUGAGCACAGGGUUUUAAUUAAGCAUGUUUCUCACUUGGGAGGCGUUUGUACAACUUCCUAGAUUUUGAUACUUGAUGUUUGCCUCUUAGCAAGUCAUUAUGUUGCAGAUUCAUCACUUCCAACUGAAGAUUAGAGGGAAUCUCCUCAGUUGCAAAAGGUAAAUAAAAUUUGAAAUACGGAAUUUUCCUUUACAAUUGCAAUGGUCUUUGAAAAACACUGCUGGAUCUGUCGUUUGAGCUUGGAAAAUAUACCUGCUCUACGUGUGUGGGAAACGUGUGGGAACCGAGAUGUUGCUGCUUUCACUUGGGACAGCCUGAGAAGUGACGUUACUUGGGAUUCAGGCAGCGUUCGUUGCUGGAAGUAACUGCGGUGUGCUUUGUGUACAAGCACUGCUUUGGAGAACACUUUGUUUUGAUGUGGUGGGUUUGCACUGGUAAGAAAUAAAUACGUGCCAUGGGGGCGCAGGGCGGUACACUCAGUGCUCAUCAGUUUAGGUUGACUUUAUUCGGGAACUUCUUCAAGCCUGCAGCAACAGCUGAUUUCCCGUGACAGUGGGUGGGUGCCGCUCCGCCUGUUCAGCCCGGGGGCCUCCUGGCCGUGGACCGCGUGUGGCCUCUGACCCAACACCAGGGGCUCGCCCUGACACCUCUGGCUUGGUGUUCAUCUCAGGGCGCGCUGGUGAGCGGAUAACCCCCUGAACACUUCCAUUUCAACGAAGGCGGCUUCUACUCCACGCGCGUUUUUGCACCGUUACUCACCUCUUCCCAGAUACCACUUUCAGGUUUUCCUGAGUGAGUGUUGCGUCAGCUUGUUUGAAGAUAUUCUUGUCUGUAGUUGUCACCUAUAGACAAAUCAUGGAGGCCAGACUUCAGGCCCUUCAGACUUGGCAUUGACUUCUUGGAGAGACAGCUGAGCAGUUUGGGUAAAAAAUCUUUUCACUCUUCAAGAGCUGAGGAAAAGCACUUGAAAACAUUUGCCUCAUUUUUCAAUUUUUGACUCUUCAACUCUGAGCUACUCUUUUGCCGAAAGGCUGCGCUUGUUUUCUCUGGAUACGUUUCUUUGGCUGCUGCAGUCAGAUGAUUUGAUUUGAUCCAUAAAUGCGCACCUGGCUGACAGAUGAGCCGCUCGGAAGCUUACUUUGGUUGCAGCCUCAUUCGGAUGUUUAUGUUUUGUGAGGAAACCCUGCUGGAAUGAGGUAUUGCAUCUUGCGUUUUCCAGCGUUCUGACCGUCGCUCUCCCGUAAGUUGGAAACACUGGGAUGGAGCCCCCGUCUGGUCGUGUUGUGCAUGUUGCAUUCCUUCAGCACAGCCGGGGGGGUCUUUGCAAAAGCAGCACAACAAACGCCCUGUAAUUCAAUAACAGUAAUGCAGCAUGACAUUUGGAGAACAUUUUGUUUCAACGUGGUGGGUUUGCACUGGUAAAAAAAAAUAAAUAUGUGACCCGGGGGCACGGGCAAUACACCCAGCACGCGAAGCACUGCCUGCCCGCUGCUGGGAGAGGCCGGACCACCCUGUGCAUCUAAGCUGCCCUGGAUGACGCGCAGCUGCAAAGGCAUGGAUGGCUGUGUUCCCAGAAGACUUCAGUGGUGGACAGUGAAAUUUAAAUUUAUGUCACGAAAUAUUUUAAAUUAAUUUCCGAACCAUUAAAAAACGUAAAAAAGUCAUCGUUGGCUAGUGUGCUGCGCAGAAACAGGCGGCGGGUGAGGUGUGCUGAGUCGCUUGGCCUGCCUCUUACUUCAGUGGAAAACACGAGAGGUGUCCCCGCCGGCAGAAGGCUCCGUGGGUCCCCGUCACAUUCACGUGGGCCUCUCCUGCCAGCCUGCGCUCCCUUGCAGGGCUUGUCUUUCAAAAUCCUCUGAAAUUCCCCGCACGCUGUGGCAGAAUUCCUCAGAGUUGUCUGUCCUCGUGGUCCUUAACUCCUGUUUUCUCUUAAAUGUUGAGAAGCUUUCUGUCCGUCAUCCCACUAGGCGAGCUCACCGUGUCACCAGGACCCGUGGAGACGCUGAGGCCUCGUGUUACUAGCCGGUCAGCAGCUGCAGGUCACUGCCUCUUUCUGAAAUGCUUUCUAAAACUUAGUUUCCCGUAUUCUACGUUCUCCUGAUUCUUCUACUUCAUAUAACGCCUCUUCUUGGUAUUUUGAUAAUAUCCCCCUUGUCCUCUGACCUCUAAAAGCUGGGGCGUCUGUUCUAUUAACUGAGCCCUUUGGGCUCUCGUGUGGGCUUAGUGGCUCUCAGUGCCGUCGAUACACUAUGGACUUCAUCACACGUGUGAAAAUAAACAUAUCCAAACUGAGGAAUAAAGGGAAGAAUGGCUUUAUUUUGCUGUAGUACUUUAGCUGCAUUAACUCAGUUGACACAAUCGCUGUGAAAGCCAGGCUUUUACGAUCUGUAAAAGGCCAGAUAGUAACCAUUUUAGGCUUUGUGGGCCUCUUGGCAAUUUUGUCUCAUGUUCUUCUUUGAGUUUUUUCAACCUUUUAAAAAUGUAAAAAUCAUUCUCAGCUCACAGGCCAUGCAGACACAGGCUGUGGGCCAGAUCUGGGCUGUGGGUUGUGUGCUGGCCUCACUAGGAGCCAUUGUAGGGUAGUUGUAUUAUCCCCAUUUUGCAGAUGGAGAAACUGAGGUACAAAGAGGCUGAGUAACUUGCCCAAGCUCACCAGCUAGGAGGUGAUGGAACUAGGGUUCCCACGGGUGGCUCCAGACACCACGUGUUCAGUCACUACACUAGUGUCUAGAAGGCUAAAUACGUCCAACAAAGAGCUAAUGAUUUACGCCCCAGCAUCCCAGGAAUUGGAUUGAGCAGAUACCCUGAAGAUAGGGUGUAGUAGAUGGUUUAAAAGUCUGUAAAAGAAGCCGUUUAGCCCUUUCCAAAAUCCUCUGCCCCAGCAAUGCUGCGUUCCCCACGCCCAUGGGGUCUGGAGGCUCAGGGGAGGGUGAGGCCAAGGGCCGCAGACGCCAGGGGGGACUGACAGGAGGGCUGGUGGGAGACCCAGCCUAGCGCCCAGGAAGCUGGAGAUCUGGGGCACCCCCCACCCCGGGAAACAGACAAGCCCAGGACAGGAGGCAGAGACCCCACAGUCUGCUCCCCACGGUGAGCCUUCCUUGAGUCUGGCAGGAGCCCCUGCUCAUGUCCACAGCCUCCUGUCAGGUGUCUUCUCGUUCUGGAGAAAGGACAGACACUUCCAACUGGAAAGAUGGACAUCCAAAUAAAAGGAAGGUGCAAGAAAAAACUACUGUGGAGGAAGCAGAAGAAAACUUUUAAAAAGUUUAAAAGUGAUAUUCGAGGGAAGAUAAACACAGGAAGCAGUCAGAAGCUAUGGAAAAGGAAUGUUAGAUUAAAAAUGCGAUGGAGGGACUUCCCUGGUGGUGCAGUGGUUAAGAAUCCACCUGCCAAUGCAGGGGACACGGGUUCGAGCCCUGGUCUGGGAAGAUCCCACGUGCCGUGGAGCAGCUAAGCCCGUGUGGCACAACUACUGAGCCUGCGCUCUAGAGCCCACGAGCCACAACUACUGAGCCUGUGCUCUAGAGUCCAUGAGCCACAGCUACUGAAGCCCGCGCGCCUAGAGCCCGUGCUCCGCUACAAGAGAAGCCACCGCAAUGAGAAGCCCGUGCACGGCAACGAAGAGUAGCCCCCGCUCGCCACAACUAGAGAAAGCCUGCGCGCAGCAAUGAAGACCCAACACAGCCAAAAAUAAAUAAAUAAAAAUUUAAAAUAUAUACGAUGGAAAUACGCAGUAGAAAGACUGGAUAACAAGGUUGGGAAGAUUUACAUAAAGGCGAGCAAGAAGAUGAGAAAGAGCAAAGUAUGAGAGAGAAAAGAAAAUUUGAGUUUCGGCCUAGGAGGUCCAAUGUGAAACAACCAGAACUUCCAGAAAGAACAGAAAAUGCAGGGGAGGAAGAUGGAACAGGGCCCAGGGCGCACAGAGUGACUAAAGACUUCUGUGACCCAAGACACAUCGUUGGGAAAUUUAAAAAGUCUGCAUGUGAAGAAAAGAUUCUAAAGGGAAGGAUUAAAAAAACAAAACAUCACAUACAAAAGAUCAGGAGUCAGAAUGUCAUCAGGCUUUUUAGCAGCAGUGCUGGGAGAUAGAAAAUGACGGCACAGUGCCUUUAAAAUUGUGACAAAAGUGAUUUCCAGUUUGGAAUUCGGUAGCUUGCCAGACUACCAGGAUGUGUUCAGAUAUGCAAUUCUCAGAAAGUUUACCUUUUGGAUACAUUUGUCAAAAAGCAACUCAAUUCCCCCCAAAAUGAGGUGACCAAGGAGGAGAGGGAAGAUGUGGGUCCAGGAACAGGAUGGGCGGGAGGUGACAGGUCGGGACCAGGGUGCGUCUCUCCCGGCCCUGCCUUGUGGUGCUGGAGCUGGACCCGCACAAGUCUCCUUUGUGAUGUCACAGUGUCAGGUCUCGCUGGAGGGCACUGGAGGGCCUGGAGAGAGUAAGGGGCUGGCUUCUCUUGGGUUUCAGGCGUCGGUUUUCUCUUUUCCAGGCAAGACGGCCAGGUUUCACUGAAACCUCAGCACUGGUACAUCACCCACCUUUUCUGCCGCCAGGAGGUCACAAGCACAGGUCUCUGCCCCGGGGGGAGGGCGCUCUCUCCCCGUCCCAGAGACAGCAGCUGCUCCCUAGCCCCGAUGUUUCCACACUUAGAGUUGUCAAUUCCCUAAUUACUAGUAAAUAAUUGUGUUAAAUUUUCUCUGUUCAUAUUACUGGUGUGCUGUCUCCUGGCUGGACCCUGACUGCACACACGGUACUAUAAACACUGAAACGUAUUUUGCCAAAAUGUGGGAUGUGGUUGUGUUGGGACAGUGGUGUAGGGAGACGUUUCUGGGUGGGUACGCGAAGGGUGUGUGUAGAAGCGGGGCCAGUCUUCUGUGGUGGGGAGUCAGGAGAUGACAUUACACAUUUUAAAAGUCAAGAAAAUGCACUGCAAGUAUGUUUAGAAAUACGGUUGUAAUGACCAGAAGAAAGAGCUAAGUGAUAUGGAAGUUCUUGCCUUUGGGCAACAGGACAGGAAUCACGAGUGUGACAGGAGACGGCUAGGUCUUGCUAUUUGCCC